CAUUCAGAUUUGCGUUGUUGUUCUCCUAGGGAGCUCGUGAAAAUAGAUUUUGAUUUUUAAAUGAGUUUAAUAUAAAUUUUAUCAUUUUUAUAAAAAUAAUUCGCUGUUGUAAAGUGCAGGUCUAUAAUACCUAUAUUUAAUAAAUUACGCAACCAUGAGUUACCGCCGCGGACCAUGACAUGAGUACUUUAAUGUAAUUUUAAUUUAUUUGUGAAGAAGUCCUAUCGCGAUGGUGUUCGAAUCGAUUGUAGUGGACGUGCUGAACAGGUUCCUGGGGGACUACGUGGAGAACCUGAACAGAUCUCAGCUCAAAUUAGGAAUAUGGGGAGGUGAUGUCGUGUUAGAAAAUUUGAUAUUAAAACAGAAUGCUCUAGAAGAACUUAAUAUACCUGUUCAGACAGUUUAUGGCCACUUGGGAAAACUAGUACUGAAAAUACCAUGGAAAAAUCUCUACGGUGCGUCAGUGGAAGCAACUGUGGACCGCCUGUUUCUUAUCGUGAAUCCCACCGCUGAAGUCAAAUAUGAUCCGGAGAAGGAGGAGAAAAUGGCGCUAGCCUCCAAACAGGCUGAACUCGCCAGGGUUGAGGAGGCUAAAAAAAAGGAGGCAGAGAAAGAUCAAAAUAAACUCGACGAGACGUUUGUGGAGAAGUUAGUAACACAGAUCAUCAAGAAUGUACAGUUAAAAAUAACAGACAUACACAUACGCUACGAGGAUAGCAUAACAAACCCAAAGGCGCCGUUCUCCUUCGGUAUAACACUGCACAAUCUCUCCGUCCAUACAACAGAUGAAAAUUGGAAGCAGGCCGUUAUACAAGAAGCUGUGACCAAAAUUUUCAAGAUCUUGAAUUUGGAAGGAUUAGCAAUAUAUUGGAAUCCUGCAACAGAAUUAUAUUCAAAAUGUCCCACACAAGAAAUCAAAACCAGAUUGGAGAAAGAGAUAGCAACAAAAACAUCUCAACCUUCAUUUUACAAAUAUGCGUUGGGUCCAAUAAAUGCUACAGCAAAACUAAAAUUAAAUCCGAAACCAGAGGGUGACACUCCUAAAUUUAGUAUACCAAAGGUGAUACUAACAUUACAUAUGGAACAACUCUCAGUCAGUCUCAAUAAGGCACAAUACAGAGAUAUGAUGUUGCUCGCAGAUUCUAUGGACAGGAUGAGUAAAGGCGCACCCUAUAGAAAGUACCGCCCAGACUUAAAACUUUACAAAGGUCACUACAAACAAUGGUGGCAUUUUGCUUACCAAUGUAUAUUAGAAGAGGAAGUGCGCAGGCGCCGAAGAAAUUGGGACUGGACGCACAUGUUGAGUCAUAGAAAUCUAUGCAAAAACUACGCAUCGGCCUAUCAAAGCAAAUUGAGCAAUAAAGGAAAAGUCAGCACUGAUCAGCAAGCCAUAUUAGAUGAAGCUGAGAAGAAACUGGAUUUGUUCAACCUCGUCGUCAUUAGGCAGAAGAUUGAAAUGGAGGUCGAAAGGCUUGGUAAACUUGAAGCAGAAGCUAAGAAAUCCCGUGGCUGGUUUGGCGGCUGGUGGUCCAGUGCAAGCUCGAAGGACGAUGAGCAUGCUGAGGGAACCGCUAUAAUGAAACAGUUCGAAAAAGCCAUGACACCAGACGAGAAAGAGAAGCUGUUCCGUGCCAUAGACUACCAGGAGAACACCGCUCCCCUACACUUGCCGGUCGAGUAUGUUGCCGUCGUGGGACAUUUCCGCCUCGAUCGGCUUCAGGUAGCCGUGAACGAUGACGUUGAAGUGCUCAAAGCCUGCGUGGACAAUGUUGAAGUUGACCUUAACCAAAGACCAAGUGCUAAUGCGCUGAGGGUGGACGUGCAAAUGCAAGCAUUUAGCGUGACCGGAGUGAAACAAGAUGAAUUUAUUCCACAACUUGUAACUUCUAAAGAAGUUACGAAGGACGUAAAUCUUUUGAAUGUCGUCUUUGAGACUAAACCUUUAGACGGCACUUGCGACCAAAGAGUGAAAGUGUCUGCGCGUCCGCUUCAAAUUGUAUACGACGCGCAAACGGUGAUAGAGAUUGUUAACGUAUUCAAACCGCCAAGCGAAUCUACGGCUUUAACUACUUUACAAGCUGCUGCCGAGAAUAAACUGUCCGAUUUGAAAGAGAAAUCGGCAUUAGGCAUGCAGUAUGCUGUUCAUCAUCACACAUUUAUUGAUUUGGAUAUUGAUAUUGCUGCAUCUUACAUCAUUGUGCCUCAAACUGGAAAGUACAAAGGAGGUGAACCGUGCGUGGCGGUAAAGUUGGGUGCCAUCAGCGUGAAGUCAGCCGGCCGCGGGGAGCAGCUCGAUGUUCACCGGCUGCAUCGCGAGGGGCUCACCGACGACGACAUCCUGCGGGAGAUCGCGCACCACAGCUACGACAAGAUGGCGCUCCGUCUCACCGAGAUGCAGGUUGUAAUAGCAUCAGCAAAUGAGGACUGGCAAUCGGCAAUAGCUUCAAACGAAGCGACCCCACUGCAUUUACUUCAGCCAACCAACUUAGUUAUACAAAUUCACAAAUGUUUAAUAACUGACGAUCCCCGUUUGCCUAAGAUAAAGAUUAGAGGAGAACUCGAGAAGAUAGCUAUUAGUGCAUCAGAAGAUAGGUUACUGACGUUAUGUGAAAUAUUAGUAAGCAUGCCCCUUCCUAAAUCAGAAGAAGCUAUGCAACUGAAGCCGAGUGAAUCAAAAAGUUCCAGUUUGUCGUUGCUAAGGUACUUGGAUCCAGUUGAAAAACAGAAAAGAGAUACAGCGCGCUCUAACCAGAGGAAGACUGAGGAACAUUCUGUUCAGUUGACUGAAGUUGAAGCAUUCUUUAUUAUGAAAGAACUAGUACUUAGCGUCAAUCGUAAGACAGUAGAAACGUCCAAAGAUUACCAAAAGUUCCUAGUAUUCUCUCUCUAUCUACUGGAAAUUAAGGCGACGCAGAAAACGUUCACUUUAGAAGCAGCCGUCCGCCUUGGUGCUGUACAUAUGCAACAUCAUAGGCUCGGACAAAAGGUUAUAAAUAUGGUGGAGACUCCUGGAGAAGAAGAAUUUGUUGAGAAGAAUAAGAAUCAGUAUUUGUUUGCAGUCACCUAUAGUAAUGUUGACAAAAAGUGUCCAGAAUUUAGAAGUCAUUACGGAUCAGUGGAGCAGAUGAUCGAAUUAGAUUUUACUACAUUAAGACUACUUCUACAUUUGGAAGGUUUGCAGGAAAUUCUAGUCAUUGUAAAUGAGUACCAGACUCGAUUACAAGCUAUUCAAAGUACUGUAGACAGAACUGCGAAUGCGGGCCCAUUAGAAACGAUUGUCGAAGAUGAAGAAUUUUCUGCUGCUAAAUCGAAAGCCAAUGUUGCAAAACCGUCGCGUCGUAGGCAAGUGGAAAGCAUCCAACUGAAAGUGAAUGUUAAGAUCGGCUCCAUCGAGAUCGGUUUCUCUACUGACCGACGCCCGCUGUCCACUGUGAUGUUAGAGGGCGCCACUGCCGGCCUCGUAUUGAAGAGUUCUUAUACUCAAGUAGACUGUGCCAUCGCGUCCAUCAAAGUGGAAGAUCUCAACCCUGUAACCAUACAUAAAGAGAUACUGAAAGUGUUGGGCGGCGACGUGAUGAACGUUCGUAUAGUGAUGUACAACUUGGAGCAGCACCCGUCCGUCAGUGACGUCAACAUGUCCAUCGAUGCGCAGAUCAACUGUCUGCGUAUCAUAUUCCUCAACUGGUUCGUCACCUCUAUGCUGGAAUUUUUGAAUAAUUUCCAAACGGCGCAACAAGCUAUCAUUGAAGCGUCGUCGCAAGCUGCGGACGCCGCGCGGGCAAAUGUAGCCACCGCAUACCAAAAUUCAACUAAAGUACUGCUCAAAGUACGCCUCGAUGCACCUAUUAUUGUAGUGCCUGAGAACUCGACUAGUUUGAACGCUAUGCUAGUUGACUUGGGUCGAAUGAAUCUCAAUAACAAAUUUAUUGACUUACCUGUUGCUGACGUAUCCAACAAAGUUACAGUGGACGAGUUGACUCUCGAACUCGAGGAUAUGAAGGUGUCUUGCGUGCAACUGAAAGAUGAUAAGGAUAUUAGUCAGGAGCGCAAAUUGCUUCGACCGACGAGUUUCAAACUUCUGGUCAAACGUAGCCUCUCGUCCUGGUACGAAAGUCUGCCAGAUUUAGAUGUAUCUGGUCGGAUGAGGACUAUAGCUAUUACCGUAGGACACAGCGAUUAUAAAAGUAUAAUGAAAAUACUCAACCAAAAUCUCCAAGAAGGUCAAAAUAAAGUAGAAGAGGCCAAAGCACAGCCUAAUGUAACCAAAGCGACGUCGAAGGCAGUUAAAAGUCAGACGAGCAGAACACAGACCAAGUCGACAGUGGCCGUUGUGACGUCUAAGAAGGAUAAGCAACCAAGAACUACAAUAAAAUUCGCUUUUACUAUGGACAGUUUUGUUAUAGACCUUAUGAAUACUAUUAGCUCGGAAGACACAAUGUUUGUAAAAGACGUAGAACUGGCUCGGUUCUGCUUAGCGCUGUUGUCCGUCAAGGGGCGAAUGUUCUCUGACAACUCGAUGCAUACAUCGGUGCUGCUCGUAGAUUGCACUCUCGACGACACAAGGCCGGGACGAGGUGCUAAGAUCACAAGAUAUUUAGAACGACGACGUGAACGGGGCGAUGCGAAAUCAGACCAACAAGCUGAUGACAGUGCACUCAUGGAAGCCAACGAUAAGAUUCGAAGCAUGAUCGACAUAACGUACACCAUGAAGAAUUCUGAUAUCUUUAUUGACAUGAGGAUAUUCAGCUUCAACUUGAUCUUGGCCAUGGAUUUCCUCAAUAAGAUAGCAGAGUUCAUGACUACCGGGCUCGCGGAGGAUGCACCACCCAUCAAACCUAAGGAAGACUUGAAACUACUAAAGCCCACCGACAAGUCAGUUGAUAGCCUACUCAAAAAGAAAACGUCAACAGUAACACCCCCGACGGUGGAACAGCCGCAGAAUACAUCGAUGAUGACGGUCAAUAUCAAGAUAGAACAGCCUGACAUCAUUCUGGUCGAAUCACUUGAGCAGAAGACGUGUGAUGCACUCGUGCUAAAUAUGGAAGCCCGGUUCAAGCUGCGCAAGACUGCGGAGCGCAUGGUGGCGGAUGGUGGUAUCUCUGGAUUGCAGAUGGUAGUUCGAACACUAGGCCGCGCGGAGGCUGGGGCUGCACCAAAAUAUUUAUUGUCUCCCGCUACCCUUUCGUUGGCGCUCUCGCAACCUCCGAACAGUGGGAUGCACGUGGACUUAGCAGUCUCCGACAUAAAGAUCACUGUAUCGCCCGAUAUGAUCGCCCUCUUGAAUCGUGUGUUGGCAACUAUGACAAGGCGUGAAGAGGACAACACUGAAGAAGAUAAUAAACCUAUAUUAUACAACAAUCUUUGGACCAUACAACCGUUUAGACCAAACGCGUAUUGGUUCUUAAAAACAGAAGAGGCAGAGGAAGCUAUUAGUGUAGACUUGACCGAAACCAACGUAACUCCCCCGCCGCCGUCUGGUGAGAUUUGCCUACUAUCAAGCCCGUCCAUUGUCGUCUCCCUCGAGAUGGAUAUUGGCAAUGAGACCAUACCCGUGCUUGUGAUGCAAGCAUCAUUGAAUGGACAGGUCAAGGACUGGAGCUCAGAUUUUUAUAUGGAGUCAACAUGGGCGAUGCAGGUUUCUUACUACAAUAUCGGCCGCGCAUUAUGGGAGCCGCUUAUUGAGCCUGUCGAAGUGCUGAAAGACUAUCAAUACAAACACGUGCCAUGGGAGCUUAAGAUGGAGAUUGUAAUGCGGCCCCAAGAAAAUCAGUUAUCAAUAGAUACUUCAGACGAAGCGGCCAAUUUGCAAGCAGUGGCACAAAGACAGGCCAACAAAACUAUCACGAUAUCGAGUAGUGAGCCACUUGAAAUUACUAUCACCAGAAGUGGUAUGGAGAUGCUCACACAACUGGGAAAUUCAUUUGCUGCCGCCGUAGCAGACACUGAUACAACAGUACUGUCCAAAUCUAAGGUCGAUGAUGUUACAACGAAAAAGUACUACGGCGCCCCGUACGUACUCCACAAUUGCACCGGACUCACCACAAAGCUAAUGCUCCAAGAUAACCACGACUUCUCCGUCUUCCAUACUGACGAGUAUGUCUCCUCAGAUUACAGAGAGGUGGUACUAGAGCCGGGCGCUUGCGUCCCGCUACAGUUGCAGCACGGCGGACUCAAUAUUGUCAAACUAAACGAGCCCCCGCCUCCGCUCAAGCUCAAUGUCAAGAUAGUUGAAUUGGACGAGGACGUACAAAUCCCAGUAGAACGAGCUGACAAGCGUUAUUUCCCGCUGGGUCGUAAGCACACUAGCUCCACACUGGAACGGAAUGUACCCUCAGUCGCCGCUAUCGAACCGCGCGGUCUCAUAUCGGACGUUGUUAUGCAAGAUGCAGCGUUGCAGAUUUAUUUGCGAAGUGUUGUGCAGGUGACAAACACGUUAUCCGUAAACGUAUCAGUGUACUAUAUGACAUUGAGUGGCAAUGAAGUCAGAUUAUUGGGCGACGUGAAACCGGGCGGCAUACUGCGGCUGCCAUUGCAAGCUGUACAUACGCCUACUGGCGAAAUAUUUUUCUCUGUUGAAGGAUUUACAGUAUCUGUAUCGCCUUUUAUAUGGCGCGAAUUGCAACAAGAAGUUAAGAUUGUAAAACUGUUGCAAUGUGAUUCCAAAGAUAAGAAUAGCGGUGAAAAAUUCUAUCUUAAGGCACUUGGAACAAUGGAGCAAGUAUUCUACGAGCACUCCAAUAGACACACAUUCGCGUCCUCGUGCUACGACAUUGUUUUGAAGCCAGCGGUGAAGCUUCAGAAUUGCUUGCCAGUCGAUAUAGUGGUCUCGCAGCUGGGGCUUAAGCGAACGCAAACUUUCAAGCCGGGGGAGAUGUUCCACUUGUCCCACCUCGCACCGAAUAAAGCGUCCGUUGUUAUUAUGAUAGAGAACUAUUUAGACAAGUGCUGGGUGUGCACCAAGAACCUACCUGACGCUGAGAGCGAGCUGUCGGUAUGGACGUUCGAGUCGCACGACAGCCCCGCCGUCAUGACCCUAGAGUUGGGCAUGCACAGUGUAGAUACAGACGGUACACAGGUGCUGUCGCUCUAUUGCCCCUUCUGGAUGCUCAACAAGACCGGAUUCACGCUCUGCUACAGGAAAUCAAAGAAACCAGAAAAAGACUCCAGCACUCCCAACAAGAACGCAGAUGAAACUGGAAACGUAAUAUUUCAUCCAAAAGAAUAUAAGGAGCCAAUAUUAUUCUCGUUCCGUGCGAAAAACUUCUUUGGCAAAAAGAAGGCUGCAAUUCGUGUCGAAUUCGGCGAAUGGUCCGAGAAGUUUUCCUUGGAUGUGCCAGGAAGUUCUGGCGUGGUUAUAUGUAAACAUGAGGGUAGAACUUAUCAGGUGGCGGUUACAAAUCAGUUGACAUUCAACAGUUUGACGAAAAUGGUGAUAUUUACACCAUACUUCCUUAUCAUCAAUGAAGCACCUUUUGCGAUCCAGUACCAAGAGUUACAUCGAUCUGCCGAUCCUUGGCAAGAGGUUGAGCAAAAUUCGAGUGCCCCACUGUGGCCAGUAAUAGAAAAGGAAGACAAGCUGCUUCGGUUGAGAGUGGCCGGUUCUACAGAACACGCUGCACCGUUCCUGUACACCGAGCAACAUAGCGUCUGUCUAAAACUUAAUAACGAGUACGGCGGUUUACACGUGGAGGUGCAGCUGAGUGAAGGCGGCACGUACGUGACGGUGCGGCAGUACCGCGACGGCCACGCGCCCGCGCUGCUUGUCAACUUCACCGAGCACCUCAUCACCCUCUACGAAAAAGAGAACGUUAACGUCAGAAAACUACCGUCUAUGAACAAGAUGUUGUACACGUGGGAUAAUCCGGCCGGACCUCGAACACUUAUAUUUGAAGGUCACAAGAAGAAGGAAAUAGAAAAUGAUCUAAGAAAAGACGGAAUCGGCGAAUUCAUGAUAAACGAGACCACCAAGUUAUGGUGGGUGUCGUUCCUGGACGGGCUGCAGCGUGUGGUGCUGUUCACGGACAACGCGCUGCUUGCCAGCGGCGCGCACACCAUCGGUGAGGCGGAGUUUGUCGACACGGAGAUCGUGCUGUCCAUGCAGGGCAUGGGCCUCUCGCUCGUCAACGACCCGGAGCUGCUCGAGAUAUUAUACAUUAGUAUAUCCAAUUCUGGUAUUAUAUGGGAGCAGUGCAAAGUAGGUGCUCGUCGAUACAAAAAGUUGGAAGGUCCGAAAUUGAUACAGCUCGAAGAGGCUUAUCAACGGUAUAUAGCGGAAAAAAUGGUCAGCGAAGAACCUAUAGCGUCACGUGUGCAGUUGGAGGAUAAACUUGAGGUUGAUUUCGAGGAGAUGCGUAUCCUGAAGCCGUCGCCGCGUCUGCUACGACGCACGCUGCAGCCGGGCCUGUGGGCGUCGUACGGCCUCACGCCGCACUCUCGCCGCCUGCAUGCCCGCCUGCACCGGCUGCAGCUCGACCAGCAACUGCCGCUGCCCACGUUCCCCGUCGUGCUUGCGCCUGUACCGCCGCCGCGCUCCAUCGCCAACGUCGACCCGAGCGGUAUGAAACCGUUCAUAGAGGUGUCUAUAGUGGAACGCAUAAUGGAACAUAGUAAAGUGCGGCAGUACAAGUACUACAAGAUGCUUAUACAAGAAUUCCACGUAAAGGUGGAUAUGGGGCUCAUCAACGCCCUCAUGGGAAUGUUCCCCCAGCGGCUGCUCACUGAACAGGAAGCUCUUGAUGCCUUCCAAUUAGAUCUUGAAAAAGCAGGUCAACCAUUAGAGGCACUAGCGGCGAUGGGCGUUGCUUCUGGUCAAAAGAAUUUCUACGACAACUUGCAUUUAUCACCCCUCAAGGUUCACGUGUCUUUCUCACUCGGCGGCGCGACUCAACUCCCAACGUUCGUGGGUACAGUGUUGCAAAGUAUCGGUGUAACGCUGACGGAUAUGAACGACGUUGUGUUCAAAUUGUCUUAUUACGAGAGAAAUUACGAGUUCUUAUCACAAAAAGAGUUGAUCGGUCAAGUGCAGAGUCAUUACACGGGGCAAGCACUCAAACAGUUGUAUGUGCUAGUGUUAGGGCUGGACGUGAUCGGUAACCCUUACGGUCUCGUUGUUGGUUUGAAGAAAGGCGUUGAGGACCUGUUCUACGAGCCCUUCCAAGGCGCUAUCCAGGGCCCGGGCGAGUUCGCAGAGGGUCUGUUCCUGGGCGUGCGGUCACUGGUCGGGCACACGGUGGGCGGCGCGGCCGGCGCCGUCUCACGCAUCACCGGCGCCAUGGGACACGGGCUGGCCGCACUCUCGCUCGACAAGGAUUAUCAACGUCGUCGACGUGACAAUAUGAACAAACCACCGGCGAACUUACAAGAAGGCCUCGCACGUAGUGGGAAAGGUCUUGUUAUGGGUGUCGUUGACGGCGUGACGGGGGUAUUUACAAAACCGAUAGAAGGCGCUCGCGAUCAGGGCGUAGAAGGGUUCUUCAAGGGGCUGGGAAAGGGCGCGAUGGGGCUAGUUGCCCGUCCUACAGCAGGCGUUGUAGACUUCGCCUCUGGUUCGCUCGAUGCUGUUAAGAGAGCGGCAGAUUUCUCUGAGGAAGUGACUAAACGUCGCGCAGCGCGUUACCUACCGGCUGACUCAGGGGUUAGGCCUUAUUCGAGGCUUCAGGCUGAAGGAUAUAAAAUACUUUCAGAACUUGAAAAGGGUAAAUUUGUGAGUACGGAUAACUACCAGGCGCAUGUGUGGGUGAUACCAGCUAAAGAGGUGGCCAUGUGCACUGAUAAACGGCUUCUCUACUUGGAGAAGAAUAACGUGUUCGGCGGAUGGCAGAUCGUGUGGACAUACCUCUGGUCGGAGAUUCCCGAAGUGCCAACAGCUGUAAAUAAAGGUGUCUACAUACCGACUGCCAAAAAGAAGGUGCUAGGAAUGUUCCCGAGUUCCGGUUCGGGCAAAAUUAUAUUGCUAUACGACGAACAGCAAAAGAAAUAUUUACUGGCGCAGUGCGAGCGGCUAAUGCGUUCGCAGCGUUGACUAGAACAGGUAGAAAGAAUUUCCCCCACUGAGUGGUUGGGAGAAUUCUUUCUACUUAUAUUCGAUUAUCGCACCGCGUUGCUUACUCUCGCCUAUCACUUUAACAUGCACCAUUUGAGCCCGAAAGGUUUCCGCUGAAAACUAUUUAUGAGAGUGCUGAGAGCAGUGCUUUAAUUUGGAUAAACUUUUUUUUUUACUCGUGCUUCUUUAAGAGCGUGUGCUUGUUGUGUUCCAGUCUUUCUCGGAAACACCUUUGUUUUUCUAUUAUACAGUAUGAAUGUUUAAGUUAUUCUCGAAAUUAAUUAAAGAUUGACUCUCUCAUAGACACAUUUUGAGUCCAUAUAAAUUGCCAACGUAUAAGUCAAUGAAUGUCUAAAUCGUUUCAUUGUGCUGUAUAUUUGUGUAUCACAGAAACACUAUUAUGUUAAUGUUUAUCAGAUAUUUAGUUUAUUUAUUGUAUUUUGAUUGAUCUUAUAAUUUUAUACCACCAUCUACACAAUUGAGAUUAAAUACGUUAGUUCAAGUUGAUUUCAGCUUUUAAAUAUACCAAUAUGCAUUUAUGAGACUCAAUGUUCAGUCUUCCGUUACAGUUAUGUACUUUAUACGAUUAUGGAAUAGUUAUUAUGAAUGUGUGAUAUCGUUUACUUAAUCUACAUUUAAUUUAUAUAGAACGAUCUUUCUGGCUCCAAAUAGAUGUGGUAUGAAUUGUGCUAUAAAAUAAAUAAUUAUUUAUUGGAUUACUUUUAUAUAAACAUAAAAAAUAUACAGUAGAACAUAUAACUUCUUUUUUUGAAAUCGGUUAAAGUUAACUUUUGUAAUAACAAUUUAUUUGAAUGUUACUACAUAAAGAACUUAAUUAAAUGUAACGUUGUGUUCUUUUACAGGAACCUAAAAGUACAAAGUUAUUAAAAUGUUUUUUUUUUUUGUUGUCGUUGCAGUAUAUGUGACUGUGUGUUUUGUUGUUCAUAUUGAGAGAUUUACUUGUCAUAGUUGAGGCGUUCCAAUACCAGUGCCUUAAGGUCGAUGUAUAGAAAUAUUUGUUUGAUAAUGUUGCUUGUUCCAUAUUUGAAUAUAUCGUGAAGUUAAUCAGUUUGUAUGACAAAUAUAAUCAGUUGAAGUCAGUGCUAUUUGCCUAUUAUGCGACUGCCUUAAGAAUCGCAUUCAAGUUGUAAAAUUUUGUUCAUUUUGUACUAUUUUUAUUUUGUUUCUUAUUUUAUGUUGAUUUACAUUUGACGCAUACAUUUUACUAAUUGUCUAUAGCACACUUUACUAAUUGUUUUUAUGGUCUCUUAUUAUUCAAGCUACUGUACAACAAUUUUGUAAUAAAUAUAAGAAAAUACUAUACAGA